ACAAAACGACGUGGGAUAGUCUCGGAAGCCAGUUCUCAGCUCUCGCACAAAAUCAUGCGAGCGGUAUUAGUGAUCGCACUGGUCCUCAUGGCGGGACUUUUCGUCGCAACGAUGGCAUCGAAAAGUUGCGACUUAGAAAAGUUGAAGUAUCCUCGUUUCAUCAAGCAUCGGACGAAAGUGAGGGAGAUUCGUGGCUUCAAGCCGGAAUACAUCUCUACGGCGAUUGGAUUCGGAAAAAGGGAGGGUCCCACGGCAGCUCCGGACUUUGGCAGUCGUGAAGAAAUUCUGCUGUCUCUUUUGCGAAGCUUUCCGCGUUCCGGGAUACCCGCAAAAAUGCUACUUCCAGCGAUGCGAACAAAUCCUACACUCGUGAGCAAACUGAUGCAGUUGUCGAUCCAGAAUGCCGACCAAGGCGACGAGAAGGCGAUGAUAGAGCAUUCGAAAUCUGAAAGAAUAUACGGACUAUAUUAACCUUUUUGUCGAAGCACGACUAUUUAUGCGAAUUCUAGACACUUAUCUAAGUUUGAAAUAUCCUCAUUGAUUUUUCGACUCCUCGACAGUCUCCUACGAGAAACAUGGCGUAGGCGCUACUUUUCCAUUAUAAUUUAUCUCUCUA